CAGCGCGCGGCACGAGCUCAACAGUCGUUUCGCGCCCGACGUGCCGACCACACGCGUUCGCCGAUCGAGGUUUCCGUCGCACCGGAACCGAACGGAUUUCGCGCCGCACACGGAAUCAACCGUCCCCGAUUCGAUACUAUCGUUUCCGGUGACUUUCAUUAUCGCGGAGUUCCCGGCUUCCGAAAUUCCCGAAAAUUCUGUCGGGUCGAAUACAAUUGUCGUUUUCACGCGAAAAAUAUAAAUCCGAGAUCGUCUCGCCGCCGCCGCACGACGAGUAGACGACGUACGUCCGUCGUCCGCUGUCUAUGAACGAUUGCCAGGUGUAGUAAUAUAGGAACGGAUCGACAGAGGCACGCGCGGCCACGACGAGCGUCGACCAUGCGUACCGCCGCGCUGACCGCGGUCGCGGUGUUGGCCUGUUGUCGGCCACUGCUACCGGCCGUCCGGGCCGCGUGCCUGCACACGGCCAGAGACCUGCAGGCCCAGGCCCGCGCGUCCGAGGUGGUGGUCAAGGCGCUGGCCAUGCGCGUGUGGCCGGAACCUGAUGGGCUGGUGGGCGGCCACUUCGCGGUCAUGGCAGUCUACAAGGGCGCCCGAGCCGUGAAAAACGUAUUACGCGUCGGCGGCACCGACUUGUUCAACAUGCACGACAAGAGAAUGAACGUGACGGGAUUUUGGAACGAUUUAUCGGAUGACGGGCACAGGGCGUGCGGGGCUAGGGUGACUGUGGGCACGUAUUAUGUGCUGUUUGCAGACGUCGUGCACGGCCGAUUUGUAGCCAAAGACAGACAAGGCGCGUUGGUCGAGUGGACAGACGGCAACGAAAGGGCCGUGUGGCACGGACUUGGAUGGGGUGAUUGGAGUGAUUGGUCUGCGUGUAACGUAUCAUGUGACACUGGACUGCAGUAUCGGUUUCGACGUUGUCUGAAGUGUGGGCAGGGACACAACAAGGAAAUACGAAAGUGCAACGACUUUUCAUGUGACGGAGUUACAGAACUGGUUGCGCCAGGUGACCACGUGCGUACCGUCGGUGGUAAGCUAAACGGUAGCGAAAAUGGGUUCAGUCUUCUCAACACAGACGGCUUCUCGAACUCAUUCUCAUUACUGAUUACGCUGAGAGUACAACCAAAAGUGGACUUUGGUACUGUUUUUCGUUUGUCUUCAUCGGCAGAACCAUUGAAAAUCAUAACACUUGAAGUCAGUGGUCCAGAUCUAUUACGAGUUUCUGUAAACACGAGGCAGUCGAAUAGGUCAGUGCUGAUCGCUGCAGUUUUAGCCGAUGGAAUUACUCAUCAGCUAGGGUUGGGAUUUCAAGAAGAUGAAAUCAUAGCGUAUUUGGACUGCAGAUGGGUUACGACUGAGACGCUGAUGCAAAAUUCAUAUGCCUCAUCUCCAGAAUAUUAUGACAUGGACGUCUUUGAGGAAUCGUUAACGGCGGAUUUGGUGCAAAUGAUCGUCGUACCGGACCCAACAGCCGUUUCAGACCAGUGCACCGUGUUUCGGAUAGCCGUGCUGGACACAGAGAUUGUCAAAACCAAAAUAAGAGAUAAAUCUCAACGCAGUACCAAUGGAAUUAUUAACGGUGAACAUGAAAUUAAAAGAACUAUUUCCAAACACUCGGAGUCCGUUUAAUGAGACUCGAGGAUGGACCUCGACCGGAGACUGAACAAAGAAUACGUCGACGUAUCAACACAAGCGUGUGUAUACAUUAUUACACAUAUUGUUACAAUUUGAUAAUAAUAAUACGUUGGUGUUGUAAAAAAAAAAAAUAUAUUCGAUAAUUAUAAAUAAUCAUAAACACAUUAUUGUUCAAAAUUCAUGGAAGCAUAGGUACAUAAUAAGAUGUACUAUGAUGUCAAUGUAUAAUAAAUUAUUAUUUUAAUAUAAUAUUGUAAUAAUCGAAUAAUCGAAGGCUUUUUUUUUUAUGAAAUGAAAUCGUCCUCGGAACGCAACGGAGUUAAAUACCGACGUGAUUUUAUCUUUAUAUUGUAGUAAUAAAAAUAAAAAAUAUUUAUUUGAUGUCUGUACAUAAUAAUUAUAUUACAUAAAUACGAUAAUAUUAUUUACACGUUCACAGUCGUAUGUGUUCGUGCUUGUUGUGUAUAUGCAAACAAUGUUUUAUUGUAAUAAUUAUAAUACUAUAAUAACCUAUUGAAACGAUAAGCUUUUAAUCAACGAACUUCCUCUUUUCACGCGCAAUCUCGUUUUCGCGGUACAUUGUAUAAUAUAAUAGAAUAUACAACAAUAACAACACUUGGAGCUCGAUCGGAAUAUGCGAUUCCGGAAAUAUCAUGUACGCCUUGUGUGUACAGUGUUCGUACCGAAUCGAUUAUGAAAAAUACCAGUUUCAAAAAAUCAUAUUAUUAUAAUAUUAUAAGUGCGCGUAAAAAUAAAUACGACCAUUAUACGUUGUCAAGGUUUUUGUGUUUUAAUCGCUAUACCAGCGAGACAUGUACAUAAUAUUAUAUCAUACUAAAUUGUAAUAUAUACUAUUAUAAUUAUAUGUAUAAUUUACUUUAAUAUCGUUUUAGUUCUUAUGUCGUGUACAACUAUUACAAUAUAUUGAUAACUACGUAUAUAAUAUUAUUAAGUGUAAAAUGUAAAUAAUAUUGUCGUCACAUAAAAAAAAAAUGUAUCAAUGAAGACGAAAUCAAAAAAUUCGCGGAUCGCGUGCGCACUUACUGGUAGCGCUCAAAGUUAUGUCACUACACUAUAGUAUAUUUAUUAUAUAUAUGGUUACAGCUGUCGUUACUUAACUUUUUGUAAUUUUUUUUUUUAAUGUUAUGUAA